AUGGGACAAGCAUUCUCUGGACCUGAUGCCUUCAAAUGGUUGAGAUUCACGCCUAAAGCCACCGCUGUUCUCCAAGCAAACCCAUUUCUUUUCGUCCAAUUGAUUCUGGUGUUGAUUGGAUUGAACGUGUUGGGUGGAAUUGCGUUUUGGAUUCACUACGAAACAAACAAGCCAUAUGCGAAGCCGAAAGUUAAGAAGGAUGCGAAGAAGUAA